AUGGAUCGCUACGAAGAGGUCAAACGAGAGCUGAAACGGCUCAAAGCUGCCUUGCCCAAAGUGCCGUCGUCCACCAAGCUCUACGACGACAUCGUCAUAAGUUGCCAGAACGUCAUGCUCGUCAUCGAGCGCGGUGAUCAGCUCGAGGAAAAUACCCUUAUUUUUUAUAACAAUGAUUUAUCUUAUGUUGAACUUGAGCGGAAGUACACCACUCGGGAUGGAGAAAGGAAGACGCUGCUGGCAAACCAAGAGGAUGUCGAACGGAUCGCCAAGGACCAACUGAAAGGAAUCGAAGAGUUUUUCGGCACCCUACGACAACUAAAGGCCGAAAUUCUAUCACAAAAGCGAGCUCUGCAUAAGAGCACAUACAAGGAAGUUUUGAAGGCAAUUAACACAAUGGAUUCAGCGAUGAAGCGAAUUCAAGAGGACAUGGAAAGAAUGGAGAAGGCUCGUACUCCAGCACCACCAGCACCAGUAUUGGUUUCCGUGACGAUUGAAGCGAAACUGGACGAGGAGCGAGCUAGGAUAGCAGACAACGCGAAAUUCAUGGAGGCAGUACGAGGAAGAGAAAGUGAUGAAAAAGAUGCAGCCCUGGGAAGGGAAAUAGGAAGCGGAGCUAACAGAGAUUAG